GGGGCGCCCGCUCCUCCCUCUGCGGGCCUGCGUGCGGGCGGCGCCGAGCCCCCUGAGCGCGGCACGUGGGGCGCCUGAGGCUGCAGCAGCCGGCUGCGGCGCUUCAGCGGCGCACUCGGCAGGGCUCCCUCCCACUUCCCCUUCCCCUCUCUCUUCCACCACGCUGGGCCCCGCGGCCACCAUGGCGUCCAGCGAGGAGGACGGCACCAACGGCGGCGCCCCGGACGCCGGCGAGGAGAGGGAGGCCGCCGGCAAGCGGCGGCGCCUCAGCUUGUUGGCUGCCGUCUGGCUCACCUUCUAUAACAUCGCCAUGACCGCGGGGUGGCUGGUUCUAGCUAUUGCCAUGGUACGUUUUUAUAUGGAAAAAGGAACACACAAAGGUUUAUAUAAAAGCAUUCAGAAGACACUUAAAUUUUUCCAGACAUUUGCCUUGCUUGAGAUAGUCCACUGUUUAAUUGGAAUUGUACCUACUUCUGUGCUUGUGGCUGGGGUCCAAGUGAGUUCAAGAAUCUUUAUGGUGUGGCUCAUUACUCACAGUAUAAAACCAAUCCAGAAUGAGGAGAGUGUGGUGCUUUUUCUGGUCGCGUGGACUGUGACAGAGAUCACUCGCUAUUCCUUCUACACAUUCAAUCUUCUCAACCACUUGCCAUACUUCAUUAAAUGGGCCAGAUACAAUUUUUUUAUCAUCUUGUAUCCUGUUGGAGUUGCUGGUGAACUUCUUACGAUAUAUGCUGCCUUACCAUAUGUGAAAAAAUCAGGAAUGUUUUCAAUAAGACUUCCUAAUAAAUACAAUGUCUCUUUUGACUACUAUUAUUUUCUCCUAAUAACCAUGGCCUCAUAUAUACCAUCAUCUAGUGAAUGGCAGCACACUAUGAGCAGAGCCAGACCUUGCUUCAGUGUCCGUCAUGUCGCAGUUGCAGGUUCAAGUACUGGGUUCCCCUCUUCCUUGCAACCACUGAGGCAUCUCCACGGAAACCCAGGAUCUAACAUCAUGGAUCAAAACCAUCGAACCAGUAACUUUGGACUGUGUUUUCAGUGUUUCCACAACUCUAUUUUCAUAUGUUACGUCAAAGAAGAAAGGUGCUUCACGGGGAGGUGAUUGUGGAAAAGGAUGAUUAAAUGAUCCCUACAAACAAGGUGCUCUUUCCAGAAAAACCAGGAUUACUUGUGUCCAAGUUUUAAUAACAAGAAUAAAUAGCUUCAUGAAGUAUU